ACCGUCAGACAGAGAGGGGCAUGCACGUUGGGCCCGUGGUAUUAGCCUGAUAUUAGCAUAUAAUUAUUCAGAUUUGUGCCUUUUCUCCGAUUUAGUAAGUAUUUUUUAAACUACUGAAACGUUUUAUGGCGGUUACGAAACUCAACUGGAAACAGCUUGUUCGUCGAGUUUGAUGAAAAGGAGGUCCGGUUCAGAAAAACCUUGUCGUUAGCCCCAACUGUCGUAAUUUUAUUUUUUCAAGUUGGAAACUACGAAACUGAGUAGUCAACAAUGUCUUUGACUGCUUCGUCUGAUUAUUUUGCUGCGGAGUGUUUGGUUUCGAUAUCUAGCGGUCCCGUUCUGCACAAACCCACCCCGGUCGCCCCCGCCAGCCAGCCUGCCAUGGUGGGCCUUCUCCCCGGGGAUCCCGACGGGUCGAGCGAGGACAGGGAAGUGCGAGAGACGAUGAGGCUGGAAGGGACGAACAUGAUGACGGUGGCUGGCAUCCUCACCGACUUGCACAGCAAGUUCCGUCCCAUGUCGACCUACUCGGAGAGCAGCAACUCCUCAUGCGGCGGUGAGAGCGGUUACACCACGUUGUCCGACCCAACCACCCCUACCAUCACCCCCUCCGCUACGCCGGUGCCCGGACAACAGCAGCCGUUCAGGGGGGCAAGAGCAGUUGGGUCCCCCGUGAAGCGGCACCAGUGCACUUUUGACGGAUGCGACAGAGUUUACGGGAAAUCAUCCCACCUGAAAGCACACAUCCGGACACACACAGGUGAGAGGCCCUUCCCCUGCGCCUGGCCCAGCUGCGAGAAGAAGUUCGCCCGCUCCGAUGAGCUUGCACGCCACACCCGCACCCACACGGGGGAGAAACGCUUCCUGUGCCCGCUGUGUGACAAGCGCUUCAUGCGCAGCGACCACCUGAUCAAGCACGCCCGCCGCCACCCCGACUUCCAGCCCUCCAUGCUGAGACGCAGCAAGGUUGCAUCUUCAGCUUCGGAUCAAACCAUGUGUAAUUAAUAGGGUUUGAGUCGCAGGUGUCUGACCUACUAAGAUUGAGAGAAUUAGGGGAGGUCAGACUGGUAUUUAGUUAACCAGCUACAUUUAAAUCCAAACGAUUGUGAUUUCAGCCUUGCUGUGUUCUACUCCAACAUGUGCAUAUACGCAAACCAGUUCUCACAUGGCAAGAUUUUACACAAAUGACUAAUUAGACUACCUUCUCCCCUGGUCGGAGCAACAAGGGUUGGGGUUAGACAAUGUUCCCUUUUUCAUUCCAGUCAUUGUUUCCUGAAGGCAACACUUUUUGGACCUAUCACACGUCCGCUUGCAUCCCUGGUAGCACGCGUCAAAGCGUGUAGUGUUUAUAAAAUGUUGAACUGAAGCGAACCCUGAAAACUGUUGCAUAGCUUCACAAAAGCCCAGCAUAAAACACGAUUAAACUAACAUGCAAGGGAAAGUGACAAAAUAAUAAAUGUGAGGAUCGUUAUACCCCAUAGACGUAGAAGAAUGCAUUUAAAUAUAAGAAUGUAUUAACACUGAAUCUAAACUUUUUUUUGUUGUUAAUUUGUUGAAUUAGAAAAGCCUAGCUUAUCAUUCAAGAUACUUCAUGCAAAAUCUCUAUAAUAAACAUUUAUGUCCAAAACAACAGCCCUAAAAUUUGCUUUGUACCACAAUAUUAUUAUAUUUACAAGAAAACACAGCUGGCAUAUAAAAUAAAUUAUUUUUUUAACCAAAAUAAAUCACAAAAUACCUCAUUUUUUAUUACAGGUUUAUGGCAGCACCGUUUUUUCUUUCUAUUACUACUUACUCAUUUCAGGAUGUGAUAAGUAAAAUCACAAAACAGAUUUCAUGCAACCACAUAACCUCGUUGUGAAACACUUUCACAAGUACCAGGGAUAUUUCUUUUUUCUUUUUUAAAUCUGCACAUUCAUCAUCAGCCAAAAGUCCUCCGGUUUCUUGUGAUCAUUUCAUUUUAUAGAUCGUUUUUGUGCUGUUUAGUACCAUUUAUUUACUUUAAGUAAUGUUGUGUUAUUAGGUAGCUUGGCAAAGACUAGAAGCUUUUUCUUUUAUUAUUUAAGUUGUUUAUUUUUAGGAUUUAGUUGUGACACAUUCCUUUAAUUAAUUUUAAUAUAGUUUUUCCAUUUUUAUUUCCAAUUAAACUAUAGAUCAAACAUUGUUUUUGCCAGAAAGUGGAUCAAAUUUCACUGUAGAAGAGCAGUUUGCACGGGGCUCUGAAGGCUAGGUUAGUGAUCAUCCACAAAAUUCUCACACAUAAUAUGCAGCAGUAUUAUGUCUAAUCUUGAUGCAAAUGUAUAUAAGCUUUAAGCUUUUCAGUGUAGAGAAAUGGUAAUGCUACUAGCAGCAGAAGUAACGUGUGAUGAAUCGUAGUCUUUAUAUUAGGGGUAAGAAAUGCUUGAUAGGAUGGCAUUGCCUGUGUGAGUUGGUGUGUAUGUUAGAGAUAGAACUGGGGAAAGUGUGUACGCAGUGGAAUUAAAAUGUCUUUUUCUUUGUUUUUUAGAGGGGGGGUGACAUGAGGUGAGCUCAGUUUUCAGCCUGCUGCCUUCAUAAGUGAAAGCAUUCACUUCACUGUUCUGGGAUGUGGGGUCAGAUGGGAGAAUGUGGGAACGUUUCUCUUAUUUCUUCUAACGGCAGAGUGACGACUUUUACAAGCUGAAUUUCUAAAAACCCUUUACAAUAAGAUGGUUUUUGAGGAAAACUAAAUUAGGCCAAAACUUUGUUUAUGGACAUUUUAAUCACCAACAAGAUGGUUAUCAAUGUUAUCACUUCUAUCUGAGGAAAAUAUUAUGAACAAAAGAGGAUUUAUUUGACAAUAAUUUGUCAUGUUUACCAAAAUAUUCUUGUUUUUAAGACCACAUUCAUACUGCAGGCAAAAUUUACCUAAGUCUGACUUUUUACUUUUUUUCUUCUUUUCUUUUUUUGAUAGUCUGAAUAGUACAGUUUUUUUUUUUUUUUGUCCUUCACAUUCAGCCCAGUUCACUUUCAUGUGUGGUUGAAAAUCAGAUCCAUAUCUGAUGUCUUUCAAAGCAUCCUCAAUCUGAAAUAUUGUCUAUUUCAUCCAAGUUUUACAUCGUCAAAGCGAGACAGACAUCACAUUUCCGCGCCAGAAGAAGCGGAAACGUGGCAUGCUGGGUCACGCGGGAGUCUGAUGGCAGAUGCACCUGUUAAAGACUGAUCCAAGAAAUAAUGGGCAAAAAAAAUUUAGGUCUUAAUUAGACCCCUUUUAACUAAGUGUUAAAAUACAAAAUUAAUUAAAACAAAAAUCAUCUCCCUAUAUGCUCCAGUUGUUACCAUGUGAUGUCAGAUUUAUUGCAAUGCAAAAGGUAUCCACCAGGGGGCAGAAGACAGGUCUCAGAUUGGAUACAACAGGGUUUCAAACAAAGUUUUUACCACAAAGUGAUGGAAAAGGCCUCAAAUAUGAUAUGCAACAACUUAAAGGGUUAAGUUAUAAUGAAACAACCACGUAUUGAGUUGUAAGACUUGCAGUGUGAAUGUAGCCUAAUUUGAGUGCAUGUACUGUAUAGUCCAGGUCUGAUUUCUCUUAACUGGUACCCACACCGUUUGGCCCACUCAUGGAUAUAUUCCUUUUAUCUCAGUGGCAACACUUCAGGAAAUUCUAAAAGCCUUAAUCUCACAUCAGAACUGCUUUGCACCAUGUUUACAGUCAGACCUUUUGUGAGUGUAUCACAGAAACUCAUGCAAUAUGGCACUUUUUUUCCAAAAGGUGUGUUUGGCUGAAGAGUGUAAAGGUUACUGUUUCUACAUGCAAGCACUGUGGACCUUUGCUUAUAUGUUUAUAACCAAUGGUUUGUUUAAAAAAAAAGAAAAAAUGUUUUGUUUAGUUUCGUUGUUUACUUUAAUGUUUGCUUAGUUAUCCAGGACAUCUUUUGAUUUUUAGCGUUUUUAUUUUUAUUUUUUUCCUAGAUUGACCAUGUUUCAUUGUUGUUCCAGAUCUAUUGACUGUCUCUUCCAAACUAAGAUCAAAGACAGAAACUGCAGAUGUCUUCCUCUUUUAUGUCUAACCAUUUUGGUAUACAGCCGCAGUUCAUCAUUGCUUCCAUUUUAAUGGGAGCUGCUCUCAUUCAAGCGAAUGCAGCGCUUUGAAGUUUUCUACACAACUUUUCUCUGGAAGUUCAAACGUUUUUGGUUGCUGCUGGCAGUGGCCUUCAACACCUGGACUGUUUUUCACUAAAGGACAAAUGCAGUAAUCUCGUGUAUUUGUUUUCAUAUGGAAAUCUUUACUUUCGUCUGAUCACAGAUGGAAGCAGCGCCGGAUUCUUUCAAAGCUAAAUCACAAAAUACCUCACUUUUUUCUUUUUUUUUACAGUAGCUACAGAUUCCAUCCAACCUGUCUGACAGAAAUGUUUCUUUUCAAUGGUGAGAUGCUCUGUAAUUAACUAUAUGCAACAUUUUUACUACCUGUGUAGCAACAGAUCUCCGUAGUAAAUGGAUAUAUCCUCUACUUGCUACUUUAUUUAGUCUAUUUUUUCAAAAAUAGAGGGUUAAACCCAACUGCUGGCUGGGGUACAGGCUGAAAAGGGGCAUUUAAAUACAAAGUAUAAAUAAAUACAUGUAGACUGUCAUUUAAUUAAACAUGCUGGUUGAAAAGUUCAGUCAAAAUCUAUUUCUUCAUAUCAUCAAAUGUGGCUUGUAACAGCAGAGCAUUAUUUUUUUGUUUUUGCUAAGCUGCCCCAUUAAGUGGAGGGAAAAGCCACACUAAUUCAGAUAUGCACACUGUACAGAUGUGGAUGUUUUUUCUUAAUCAAUGGCUAAUUUUUUAUAAAAUUUUAUGUAAUUUUUAAACUCCUCUUAUCAAAGCUUUAGUUCAGAGAAAUAGGAGGAACUGUGGAACUAAGUAAUUGCUGCAUCAUGCUGUUUUUUAUAUUUAUAUUCUCAGGCGUCUUAAAAUUUGAGCAUUGGAGUUUCAGCAUUUCCUGUGUGACAGCGACAUAUAAGCGUGUUCUUAUUUCUUUAUUUUGCUGAUUAAUUUAUUAUGUAUCACAACCGUAUCAUUUGUGUGGUUCAGUUGUUAUUUUCAGAACCUUUUUUUGUGAUAUGAAACAGUACUAAUAUUAAAUGGAUCCAAUGUCUGCUGGAGUAUUGCUUUUUUUUCCCUUUUUGUCAAAAUAAAAAUUCUCAAGUUGAUAGCUUAAAUUUUAUGUGUUUCUUCUUAUGCUUGAAAUGUAAACUGGUGUUACAAAAAAAAGGAAGUGUGGAAAUGUACUAAAAGUGACUCCAGUCAGAAAGCAUCAAACAUGGUUUUUCUUCUCUUACUGAAAAAUUAAACAAAAGAUGAGUUCAUGUAUGUAACAGAAUUGUUUGAUCAAAUCUGCCUUCAUGGACCAGAAGCUAGCUCUGCUCUUAAAUGGUUACUCCUCUAGUGGGCCUUCCACCGGCCACAGCUUCACCUUAACACAAACAUCUAAUCAGCCAAUCACAGGGAAGCAACUUGGCUACCUGGAUGAGCUGCACUACCUGAGCCAGUUGUGUGG